CUUGUUAUGAGAGAAGGAGUUUCGCGUUUGUAAAUUACAUAAGCUAUAUUUUUAUGAGAAAAGUGCAUAUGGACAUUAAUUGGGUCGUUUAUUUGUGCGUGUUGUGAGGAAUUUGUUGCUUCGAAAAUAUUUCCAGAGUUUUGAAUUAGUUUUUGUUGGUGAACAGGUGCAAUAAAACAAAAGGCUUCUAAGGGGAAAGGUUAUUUCGCCUGGGAAACGCCACCGAGACUGCUUUUGAGCCAUAACUUUUAGUAGUUUGAACAGUUUUUUGAAAAUCAGUCGUACUGUUGGUUUGGGCACGUUUCUUUGAAAAGCCUUUCGAAUAGUUGCAACUUAUUUUCUCAGGAUGGCUAACUCGGGGCUUCAGAUUAUGGGUUAUAUCAUGGGCGUCAUUGGCUGGAUAGCGCUGAUUGCUGGUACCAUCCUUCCACAGUGGAGGAUCUCUUCCUAUGCCGGGGACAACAUUAUCAUGGCUGUGGCCAUUUAUCAGGGACUGUGGAUGUCGUGUGCGUACCAGAGCACCGGGCAAAUGCAGUGCAAGGUGUACGACUCCAUGCUGCAGCUGGACGCGGCCCUGUCUGCUACUCGUGCAUUGAUGGUGGUUUCCAUCAUUCUGGGCGUUUUUGCAAUGGGAGUGAGUACAAUGGGAAUGAAGUGCACAAACUGUGGUGGUAACGACAAGGUGAAGAAGGCAAGAAUUGCCAUAGUUGGUGGGGUCAUCUUUCUUCUUGGAGGUCUGUGUGCUCUGGUCGGUGCAUCUUGGUAUGGAAACCAAAUCGUUAAAGACUUCUACAACCCAUUCACUCCUGUGAAUACAAAGUAUGAAUUUGGAGCAGCAAUAUUCGUACAAGUACGAUUUUGCCACAUUUACAGUAGCAUAGACACUACCAUUGAUAAACUGAGAGGGGGUAAAAUCAAAAAACUUGAAAAGGAUAGGAAAGAAUAUGAACAGGGUAUAGCAUACCCACCUCCACCCCUUUUUCAGCAAACAAACAAGUUAAACAACAAUGGUGUUAACUUAGUAUCUAACACCAUAACUGAAAGCUUUACAGGACUUUUCAUCCAUGCUGUUUUAAAUACCAGUUCUUUGUCCAUGAAAGAUAAAAAAUGUAUUCUAAUUGAUCUUGGUGACACAGAGGAUGAUGAUGAGGUUGAUACUGAAGUUUUAUUUCCCAAAGCACGACGUGCCCUUUUUAUACCAAAUUAA